AUGUCCCUUCUUCUCAGCAUGCGGCGGCACAGUUUGCGUCUGCAGCACCAGCUGCAUCGCUGGAGCAUUUCCGCGGAUGCGAGCCACCUUACAAACAGCGAGCUUGCAUCUGGCAUCGCGCGCUCCAAGUCAUACAAUAACUCCGCUGGCAACUCGUGCAGAGGGAGCUGGUCCUCGGAUUCAGAGGACUCUGUCAUUUCCAUGGACUCUAGCAACAACCUUUACAAUGUGGUACUGAUCGGAGAAAACGGUGUCGGAAAGUCGGCGCUAGCAAGCAUUUUCGCGGGUGCGGCAGACAGCAUGGUCAGCGACUGCGACCUGUAUGGAGGAGAAGUGUGUGAGCAAACGAUGACAGUUGACGGUGAAACUGCUACCCUCACUUUACUGGACACUUGGGACCCUCAGGAUGAAAGUAAAUGGAGCCAGGACCAGUGCAUGCACGCGGGCGACGCCUACCUAAUCGUGUAUUCGAUAACGGACAGAGCCAGCUUCGAAAAGGCGUCCGAGCUGCGCAUUCAGUUGCGCAGGGUCAGGCAGUCAGAGGAUGUCCCGAUUAUUUUAGUGGGAAACAAGUGUGAUCUUGUGCGGUGCAGAGAAGUGUCUAUCAAUGAGGGAAGAGCAUGUGCAGUGGUGUUCGACUGCAAGUUCAUAGAGACGUCGGCAGCAAUGCAGCAUAAUGUGUGGAACAUGUUUAAUGGCACUGUCCGGCAGCUGCGUCUCAGGCACGAUAGCAAGGAGGCGAAUGCCCGACGUGAGGGGCUGAACAAGAGGAGGGAGAGCCUGCCCAAGAAAGCCAAGCGCUUUCUGGACAAAAUAGUGGCCAAGAAUAACAAGCAGGUGGCAUUCCGACUCAGGUCCAAGUCCUGCCAUGACCUGUUCGUCCUGUAAACAAGCCCUGUUCUGUUCAGUCACA